GUGUGUGUGUGUGUGUGUGAGAGAGAGAGAGAGAGAGAGAGUUUGUGUGUGUGUGUGUGUGUGUGUUGAGUGAGCCUGUAAGCUCACACUCUUCGAUAUAAGAAUGGUCUGUCACACGCACACAGUGACCUCAGAAUGCUUUACUCUCCAGCCACAGGCGCACAACUGCACAAAUAUAUUUGUCUUUUUUUCCAAAAAGGGAAGAUUUAAAACCAGCAGUCCAUGCAAGACAUUAAUCAUGUUUGUUUUUAUAAGUCGACUGAACUAAAGGUAUAAUCAUGUGUUUCAUCUUAUUUUUACUGACUUGCUGUCAAUGUAGUUGCCUCAGUGCAGGCCUGUAUUUUAAGCUACUGCUGUCCUAAGUGUACUGCAUAAUGAGCUUUAAUAGGCUGCUUCUGUCUGUUUUCCUCGCCACUGUUUUUGCACUCCAUAGAUGUGAAAGCAAUACUAUGCCAAGGUAGAUCGACGUUAGCCUACUUGUUUACUGGUAUAUUCAAGUAACCUACUGAGGCACUAGUGGUUAGAAACAUUUGUCUGCAUUUGAAUGUUUUUUUAGUUGCCACAUGCUGAGCUGUGAGCGUUUUAAAUAUGUAACUGUUAUAUGUAGCCAACAUGUGCUGUGCAAUCAUGUAGGACUAUUCAUCUAUAUGGAGCGUGCUUACGUCAUGUUGAUGCUUGUUUUGUUUUAACGCACUUUUCGGCCAUUUAGUGAUGGAAUACCUGCGGAUGGAACCAGAGAGCCAUUGUGGCCUGUUAUGACCGACUUUUGGCCCGUACAUCUGUACAUGUAAUCUUGUCUAAGCAACAUAAAUGUACACGAUAACUAAUUUACUCGAUGUCUGACGCAGCGCGUUGCUGUGCUCUGUCUCUGUCCAAGUCUUGUCAAAAUAAAUAAAUAGCUGUCAUAAGUUAAUAACGCUCUCGUAAAUAAUUGUUCCAAUUACUUUUCUAAUCAUUUCUUUCAGACUCGAAAGCCAAUAGUGACAACAUACUUCUAUACAUAUGUACGGACUAACACAGUGACAACACAUAUAGGAUGUCCCUACUUCUUUCAGCCCGCCCUCACAGAAGAACUCCCACAGAUGAACGCCUCCACAACUCGAUCUGAAAGAAAACAAGGGGAAGAGUUCCCAUGGGCAGCCACCUACCCGUCUCGCGAAACGGAACGUCAUCGUGCGCACAUUCAAAAUAAUAUAUAGCCUAUUAAUGAUAUAGUUUUUGCGCGAAGGUAAACAUGAGUAAACCUAAAACCUCUAAAUUUAAGAAACUUUUUCAGAAAUCAAAAUCAACGGAAAAGGAAAAUCAUGUUGAGGAGAAACAUGUUCAGAUACCGCGCAGCGAGAUCUCCAGCCCUGGCGCAAAGUCAGCGACUCUACCGGCGAGUCCGUUGUCUCUCGGGAGCCCCACGAAUGAUGUCUUCUCCUUUCCCACCAGUCCAGUGAAGAAGCGAUUUGGGUCUCUGCGAAUUGGGAGAUCAAAAUCAAAGCGACUCAGUAGCAGUUCCUUUGCCAGCGAUGUGGAUUCUUUGAAUAACCAAUCGUUUGCAGAUGGCGAAGACAGUGCCAGCAUGUAUGCUGAGACCUCUUCAACCCUCAGCCUGGACCUCUCCCGUCUGUCCAGGAAGAACUCUGGGGGAGGAGUGCUCAAGCGCCUGGGGAGUUUCCUGGGUAUCCAGAAGAAGAAGAGCCGCAGCAUCUCCCAGAGCAGCCUGAACUACCCCACCGGUGACCUGGACUCCUCCUCGACCCUCGGCGACACCACCAGCAUCCGGAGCAUCGGCUCCAUCAUCGAAGACGGCGGGGACCUCCCGUUCGUGGACUGCUCUGAUGACAGCGAGACCGAAAGCGUCAGGGGCGUGCACGUGUGCGAACUGCAAAGCGAGAUCCAGAAGAGCGCGCAGGAGGGUCAGGCAGACGAGCCGGAGGAAGGUCCUGGCAGCAGGAAGGGAUCUGGGGUGGAUGAGGCGGAGGUGAGCAGCUGGAGUCUGGUGGAGGAGGUGAACAAGAAGCUCCAGGAGAACCUGGAGAAGACUGGUGGAGAGGGAUCGGAGCCGAGCGAAGCACAGACCAUAGCUCAGGCAUCUGUCACAGGCAACAGUCAGGUCAAAUCCCCUGUGAAAAAGACCGUUCUGAUACCGAAUCUCACUAAUCGAAACAACUACUCGGCUCUGGUGGGCGUGACCCUCGGCUCCAAGUCCAGGAACUCCAGCACCAACGGCCCCAUCACUGAGGAGGAGGAGGAGGAGGAGGAAGGAGAAGCCAUGGGGAGGAAGGGCGCUGCCCGCCGUAACCCCCGCAAGCUGAGCACGGCGGAGCCUCACACACCCACGCAACCACGCACACCCACGGAGGCUGGACCGCAGAGUGUAGAGGAGGGUCCCUCCACAGACUCACCUGUGCUGACCCCACCUCCAGCACCUGUCAGCGCACGGGCAGGUGUGACAGCAACACCUGUGCCAGAGGUGUGUGCUCCAACACAGCCGAGCACACACACGCCCUCCCUGACGGAGAAGACACACACACCCUCACCAGAGGAGGAUAGAACGGCUUGCCAGGAGGAGGCUCAGAGCACAGAGGAGAAACGCAGGAGUGUCAAACUCUCCCACAGCGAGAAGGUGUUCGCCAAGCGUUUGUGUGUGAGUCCACAGGCUAGUGUGGACGAGGACACGGCCCAAGAGCAAGACCCGAGGAGUGAGACUGGACAGACGUCAGUAAAACUAAAGUUCAAGGUAGAAGGCAAGCGGCUGACACAGAAGACAGCGGACCCCAUCGCAGACACUCCCGAGGAGACCCCAGACAUCCAGCAUGUAGACGAACCUCCCACAGCCACAGACAACACAGAGAUGCCAGGGUACAAAUCACAAGCAGGCCGGUCGGUGUCAGGGUCAGGGGUCACUGGCAGACCAAUCAGACAGACGGACUCCAGGGCUAAUGAGUCUCCCGCUUCAGCCAAGGCUCCACCGGCCCCGCCAGUGGCCCCAAAGACCAUAGCAACAGUAUCUAAGGGCCGGACUUUGUUAGAGAGUGUUGGGGGGACACAGAACACUCCCAAGACUGGAAGAGAACCCAAGUCACCCACAGUAAAGGAGUCACCUAGCAACAGUCAGCCAGAGAUUAAGUCUAAAAUUCCCAAAAUGCCUCCCUCAGAUGGUGUGCAAAAGAAUUUCCAAGGCAUAGAUGGCAGUUCCGAUGUUAACGGUCGCUUGACUUUUGGGAAACAGAGAGGAGGAAAGGGGAACGGGCCAAAGUCAGAUGACCUUAAUUUAGGUGACCAGAUUGCUCUGUUGCCCGGGGAGACUGAGACAAAAACAAAUGGAAAAAUCCAGAAUGCGCCCAGUGCCACAGUACCAACCACAGAGCCUAUGCCAGGUCCUGAGGCCACACCCUCGAAGGAGCCUGCCAGCCCCCUCCCACGGAGAGACACUGGCAAUGGGAACAUUAGCCGAGACCAAACAGGAAAGCCUUCUGAAAUGACUGCAGCAGAGAAAAGUCUGGAGGGGAGACAAGGCAUUUGUUUGAAAAAUACAGACGCACCAAGCGGAUCUAAGGAAAACAGCACGGUUAAAUCACAAGCACAGACGCCCACGGCUAAGAGCAGGCUACCCAAAGUCACAGAGGGCAGCUCCGUUAGAAAGCCCACUGAUGGCAAAGUCAAGAUGAGUGACUCAGGUGGAAAAAGUGCCCUGCUGAAAGACAAAUGGGCAAACAAGGCCCCUCCCGCCCCUCCCAGAAGCUCCCCGCCGCAGCAGGAGCGUCCGCAGCAGCUGCAGCCAAGCUGUAGGAAAGGCAAAUCAGAGGCCUCACCUACAGGAAGUCGGCUGCCCCGCCCCUUUCAGUCCAGCCUCCCUAGGCAGUCCUCGAGCGAGGACUCCAGCCACGGAGAGGGUGAGUCACUUAGUCCAACUGCACUACCAGAGGCCAAGCAAGAGAAGCGUGACUCACAGUGGGUAAACGGACCCAGCGCUGACAGUACGGGCGCCGAUGCUGAACGGAGAGGACCUGUGAGAGCUACAGAUGUGAAAGGCGUCUCAGGAGUGGAGCAGAGAGAGAGCAGCAGCAGCAGCAGCAGUCCAGUAAAGAAGCCUCCUCUACCCAGAAAACCCCUCCCAUCCCGCCUCAAAAGCCCCACAAAACUCAAACCUUUGAGGGACAGUGAGACGGCAGAAAAUUCUGCCCAGCUCUCAGCUUCAGUAGCAGAGCAGCCGACGACGGAGCAGGGACUGGUGAAGAACUCCUCCACGGAGCAGGCUGCGAGAGAGGCAGUGGCUGUUACUGGCAUGGGCAAUACGCCGAGUGAGGCGAACAGCAGCUACAGCAGCAGCAGCAAGCAGCGAUGAAACCGUUACGAAAUCAGAUGCAGAGUCCUCCGACUCCGGAGGCUGUAAAUCUCAGACAAACGAAGACCAGACCAGACCAGAUGUGGAUCCCGCAGACAAGGUACAACAGAGCAAGCCAGAUGUGGGCCGCCCACCGUGAGGACGGAAAGUAAACAAGCGAGAGAGAGGGAGGAAAAGAGAAAUCGAGCGCCGGCGGGGGAACCGCGGCGGAACAUGUGGAAGAAAAGCGCGCUGUUGCUGCGAAGCCUGCUGUGGAGAAGACAGCCAAGCAGACAGGAAAGGACUGUCCUGACCCCGUGGAGGUGAAUCUAAAUAAUAAACCCACCUCCUCUAACUCAUGUUCAUCUGAAGUCAAACCUCCUGCGAGUCUAAAGAACACAGAGGCUAGUAAAACCACAGCAGACCUUAGGGAGAAAAAGCCUGCUCUUGAAAAGACUGUGGAGAAGACACAGCAGCAAAGAGGACAGGAAAAAU